AUGGAGGAGUCAGUAAUAGCUCAUGAUGAGCUUCUCCGCUCACUUGGAUUGGUAAUUGGUAGUCCAGAGCGCGUCUUGAUCUGCACGCAUAGUUCUUGUGGCUAUGCACUCCAGGUGCAUGGCAAGCGAGUGAGCCGCCAUUUAUGUGAAAAGCAUCAGAUUCCAAAAGCGUCACGUCGUGGUCUUGAUGGUCUUGUCGCGUCCUUGAAUCUCCGUGAUCCACGACUGGUUGGCCCUCGCCCCAAUGACUCGGCACCCCAUCCGCAUCUCCAGAUGUCUCAUGGUUACCAUUGUCGAUUUUGUCACUAUCUCACCGCUAGCUCUAAGUCAUCCCACCAACACCGUUGUUUUUCAGCCGAUUGGAGUCAUGCGACCACAAGAGAGCAGGACCGUGACUGCACGGCGGAGGUCCUGCUACAAAGCUGGGUCAGGGAAGGCACUCGCACCUAUUGGAUUGUUCAGCUUGAGUCCCCUUUACCUCCGCAGUCCGUUUCGGGUCAGAUUGGUGAUGCUCGCCAGGGUCAAGGGUCUCGGAGAGAACCUUCUCAUCUGGAACGGCUGUGCCAGGCGGAACAAGUACGGCUACUGGAGCAUCGAGAGGCCACCAGAGACGAGGAUUUGCCCGACUUGGCCACCAUCAGUCCCUGGAUGAGACGCACUCAGUGGCUUGAAACAUAUCGAAGAGCAGAACGGAGCAUGCUGGUGCGGAUGACUGCUUUGCCCGAUCUCGGCUCGCGAAGAAAUGGCCGUGACUUAGGAACAUUUAAUGGCACUUCACUCAGCGUUUCUGCUGCCGAUGAGAGACGAAUUAGUAUGGUCCUUCAAGCGAUCGAAGAGCUUUAUGCUCACUGUGAAGAGACAGUUCAACACACCGCCAGACCGAUUUUGUGCAAGCUGUACUCUCAAUCCCUCCACGGUAGCUCCCAGCGGCCUUUUCGACUGGUGAAUCGGCCUGCCAGUCGUUCAAAGUAUCUUCGUCCGGUCAAGAAAUUGUUCUCCUUUUUGCUUACAAUGUACUUGAUGGACCAAGAACAGUGCCAUUUGGCCUUGAACUUUUAUCUGACUCGUACCCAGCGAAGGGCCAUUCAUCGACUAUGGGAUGACUCAUGUUGGACCUCUCAUGCCGAGUCUCCUCAGGACAUACCAUUAUCCCUGUCAGACGAAGAUAGUAUCGAUGAAGAAGAUGGGAUCUCAGAGGAAGAACUCGAAGACGACCUAGAGGGAGAUGAGCCAGAAGAGGAGGAGGUCGAUACAUCAUCAGUCAGUGCGAUGAGCGUGGAUACCUUACCCUUAAAGGAGGAUCUCAUUGAACCACAUAACUCUUCUCUACUCGAUCAAGUUGUAGAAUUGGUUCUAGAGCUCAGCGUCUUUUUGGCCAUGGAGGAAUUCUCAGAGGGUCGACCAGCAUCCACUCUCCUGGUGUACUUCAGCGGUAUACUCGGAAUGUCCCCUGAUGGCACUUCUUAUCACAAGAUCCGAAACUACACAUCCAACCUCGCGGCACUAAUCUACUAUCAGCGAUUGAUCUUCCUAGAAUGGGCAUUGCCAUAUCGUGCCUACCCUUAUCUUGGCCGAAGCAGAAGACCUUCUAGAGACCACGUUGCGGUACUCCAGCCAAUUCGAGCGAAGUAUACCUGCUUUGGGUGUCUGACUCCUUUGCCUGAGUUCAUCUCUCUUCUUUCGUUUAGUCGCACCGUGGCGCACACGGAUGGACCCAGCUUUCAGUGCUUUUGGAGCGACGACGGGCAGACAAUCUCCUAUGAGAAUCAGUCUCUCCAUAUGGACCAGUUCCGGUCAUUCAGUCACUCUCUCGUCAAACGAUGCCGUCAACUAUGCACGAAAUUGAUGUACGACUGGGAACCACCAGUCCAGCUCAGCCAAAUUCGGGACAACAUGAGUAACGUCCAGCGCGGAUAUUCUUUCGUUCACCACCCUGCCAAUCAUUUGUCCGACGUGCAUCUUAAACUAUUUCAACGAGUAUGUACCUCCACUGAGAAUGGUCUGAUGCGUAAUGACCAAUGGGUUCUUGCCGCCGUCCGGCGAUUCCUUGAUGACGUUGACGAGCUGCUUCGCGUGUUUUGCUGUCUUUUCUUGACAACCGGAGGAGAUGACGUUCGAGCUGUAGACUUAUUCACCCUGGAGUGUACCAACAGCCCUGGUAACCGGCGUGGAAUCUACGUUUGGAAUGGUCAUCUAAUUACCUUCACUCGGCAUCACAAAUCUCGCCACAUUGUUGAUCGCGACUUUCAGAUUAUCCGAAAACUACCGGACGCCGUGGCCAGGCUUUUCUUUUACUACCUGGUCUACAUUCGUCGAGCAGCGGACAUGGUCCGCCGUGAGUGUAAAAUGGGUGGUAACAACGGCAAUUUUUUGUUCUCCACGGGCUCCCGCGUGUGGACGGCAUCGGACCUUACACGAAUUCUCCGCCAGUACAGCCAGCUGUUCCUUCAGCAGCCAAUGAGCAGCCGACUAUAUCGACAGGUUGCUAUUGCUAUUAUGGAAAAAAAG